UCUUGUUUCCAUUUCUCUUUGCAGUCUGAAGUUUUUGCAGUUGCUUUUGCACUUCUUGCUGCUGGGGCCAUAAUUCUGACACUGAAUGUUCUACUGCUGGGUGGGCACAUCAUCUUCUUCCAGAGUCUAAGCCUACUUGGUUAUUGCCUGUUCCCUCUUGAUGUUGGAGCCCUGAUCUGCAUGUUGAAGGACAAUGUGAUAAUAAAGGUGGUUGUGGUUUGUGUGACAUUGGCAUGGAGCUCCUGGGCAGCAUAUCCAUUUAUGAGUUCUGCUGUCAACCCCAGGAGAAAAGCCCUUGCACUUUACCCGGUCUUCCUUAUGUAUAUAUCUGUUGGUUUUUUGAUAAUUGCCAUCAACUAAGGCAUCAAAGGGUGGGUACUGAUCAUAUCAGCCAUCGAGGUUCAAAUGCAGGUAUUAGCACUGGACAUGCUGGUUAUGUUGCAUCUAAUGUGCGAUUUCUUGAUUUUGUUCCAACUUUUGAUCUACUUAAUGAUGGGAGAUUUAAAUUUGUCAGCUUACAUAGUUGUAUAAGUUUGGUAUUUUCACAGUUGUAUUCUAUGGUUUGCAAUAGUUUGGCGAA